UGUCGCGAGUCGGCCGGGUGUCUGGUGGUCGCUACUGCCGAAAUCCGCGAUAGCACGCGUUCACGACUACAUUGGUGGCUACUGUGUGUGUGUGUGUGCAUUCACGUACGCGUGAGAGGGUUGUGCGUAUGCGCGUGCGGUCACCGGUGUAUAGACGCGAACACAACAGUAACGUACCGGAGGUGCACGCCGCAGCGCGUGAACGGACGCGACUUCCGCUAGUAUACACACGUAAAAACAAAUGAGGAAAGAAAUUAAAAAAUUCAAAUAAUAUUAUAAACGGGGAAUAAAAAAUAGAUAAAUAAAAGUGCACGUGUAAAUCGAGUCGAUUUCCGCGGUGGUGGUUCGUCGUCUCGGCUGUACUGCCGAAAUAGAAAAUAAUAAGCGGCUAUUUCGCCGUCUGGUCUCGGUGGCUGGGUGAUACGACGGCAACGGCCGUGCACACGCCGCUCUGACAUUUCGGUGUGCCGGCGACGAUCUGAGACGACGACGACAGUACAAUAGUGGCGACUGCGACGGCGUGUAAGGCGACGCGUGAGUAUGCUAUUUAUACGAGAACAACUGGACCGGCGGCGCUGCCGGUGAUACUGUCAUUCCACCGCACAGCAUGGCCUCGGUCGCCGCUUGGCUGCCGUUCGCCCGGGCGGCGGCCAUCGGUUGGGUGCCGAUCGCCACGCACCCACUGCCGCCGCCGCCGGUGCCCAAAGACCGGCGGAGAAUUGACGACGAGAAGCUACUGAUCAACGUCUCGGGGCGCCGGUUCGAGACAUGGCGGAACACGGUGGAAAAGUACCCGGACACGUUGCUGGGGUCCAACGAGCGGGAGUUCUUCUACGACGAGGACUGCAAGGAGUACUUUUUCGACCGGGACCCGGACAUAUUCCGGCACAUACUCAACUACUACCGCACCGGUAAGCUGCACUACCCGAAGCACGAGUGCCUGACCAGCUACGACGAGGAGCUGGCGUUCUUCGGCAUACUGCCGGACGUCAUCGGCGACUGCUGUUACGAGGACUACCGGGACCGGAAGCGCGAGAACGCCGAGCGGCUGAUGGACGACAAGCUGUCGGAGAGCGGCGACCAGAACCUGCCGCAGCUCACCAACAUCCGGCAGAAGAUGUGGCGGGCGUUCGGCAACCCGCACACGUCCACCGCGGCGCUCGUCUUCUACUACGUCACCGGUUUCUUCAUCGCCGUGUCCGUCAUGGCCAACGUGGUGGAGACGGUGCCGUGCGGCCACCGGCCCGGCCGCGUGGGCACGCUGCCGUGCGGCGAACGCUACAAGAUCGUGUUCUUCUGCCUGGACACGGCGUGCGUGAUGAUCUUCACCACCGAGUAUCUGUUGCGGCUGUUCGCCGCCCCGGACCGGUGCAAGUUCAUGCGCAGCGUCAUGAGCAUCAUCGACGUGGUGGCCAUCCUGCCGUACUACAUCGGCCUGGGCAUCACCGACAACGACGACGUGUCCGGCGCCUUCGUCACGCUCCGCGUGUUCAGGGUGUUCCGGAUAUUCAAGUUCUCCCGGCACUCGCAGGGACUCCGCAUACUCGGCUACACGCUCAAGUCGUGCGCCUCCGAACUCGGGUUCUUGGUGUUCUCCCUGGCCAUGGCCAUCAUCAUAUUCGCCACGGUAAUGUUUUACGCCGAAAAGAAUGUGGACGGCACGAACUUCACGUCCAUACCGGCCGCCUUUUGGUACACCAUCGUCACCAUGACCACGUUGGGGUAUGGUGACAUGGUACCAGAAACAAUAGCCGGAAAAAUUGUUGGUGGCGUAUGUUCACUAAGUGGAGUGCUUGUUAUUGCACUGCCUGUACCAGUAAUCGUGUCUAAUUUCAGUCGCAUCUACCAUCAAAAUCAGCGAGCAGAUAAAAGAAAAGCUCAAAGAAAAGCACGGCUAGCUAGGAUAAGGAUAGCAAAGGCUUCUUCAGGUGCCGCAUUUGUAAGCAAAAAAAAAGCGGCUGAAGCCAGGAUGGCGGCUCAAGAAUCCGGGCUAGAACUUGAUGAAAAUUACAGAGAAGAAGACAUAUUUGAACUGCAGCAUCAUCAUUUACUUCGAUGUUUGGAAAAAACGACUGAUAGAGAGUUUGUGGAGCUCGAAGUGCCAUAUAAUGGUCAAUCAAAAAGGCCAUGCUCACCGUCUCCCCUACUGAGCCCUAGCCAUUCGGCAUUAAGCAGGGUGAACUUCUUAAGCUCAUGCUGUACAAGAUGCUGUAAUCAACGGUAUCAGAAGCACAAGCGAGAGAGUUCGCCGGACUCGAUAGGCGAACCCAUCAACGAAGAGGAGCUGAUCGAGGUGCAGAUGAAGCAGCGUCCCGCGUCCGCGGCGCCCGGCGGCGGCAAGUCCAGCAACUCACUGGACUACAACAGCUGCGAAAUGCCGUCCGCGUCCGCGGGCCACAAGUCGUCGGCCGCCGGUUCGCCGUCCUCGGCGUCCGCUUCGGCGGCCGCGACCACGGCGGUGGCCGGAAGCAGCGGCGGCGGCGGUGGCGUCGGCGCCGGAGCGGCGGGCGGAUCCACUUCCGUGGUGUCCGUGCAGGGCUGCAACAACCCCAACUCGAGCACGUCGUCCGUCGUCGUCAACCUGCCCGCGUCCUAUCCAAACUCGGAAAUGGACUACGGGUCGGCCUCGUACCCGCCGUCCCCGUCGCUGUCCUCCAACAACGACAAGCCGCAAGUGCGCAUCACGUUCCUCUAACCGCCGUCCGACUCCGAACCACGUUGUAAUGUUAUUAUGAUAUUUUUUUUAUUUUUUUUUUUUUGUUACACAUUAACCGUUCCGUUUCCGUUUUUGCAGUUGCGCGCGUCGUUUCCCGCGGUUUGUCCGUCGUCGCGCACACUAAUGAAAUUGUUCCGUCAUUGCACUGCGCCGUGUACGGUCGCAGUACAUUAAUUCACGGCGACGUAAUAACAAUAUUAAUAUUAUGAUAAUCGUCAUUCGUUAAAAUCGUUGUCGAUGUUGUUUUUAUGGUCGUUGUGAUCGUUGUUACCGCCAUAUUAUAUGUAAUAUGUGUGUACAUACUUACCUGGCUAACCCUUAGUGUAUUAUUAUAGGCGCGUGCGUCCCCCAAGUCAUUAGUCCGACCUGCAGUCCCGUCGAGGGUGUACGCGUGUAAACGUCAUAAACUGCAAUUUUGGUGUACUUAUAUGAUAAUAAUAAUAUGUCCUUAAAAUAUGUACCUCCAACCCCGUCGACUCCACCUCCACCGCCGCGAUAAUAACUACGUUACUCGUCGUUUUAAGGUAUAGACACUGUUCAGAGUGUUCAUACGUUUGUACAGGCAUGAUUGUGGACAAGGCGUCCGAUCACAUCGUGUGUCCAGCGCGCCGAUGGUCGUAUACGAUUCCGUUUGAAAUCCAAAAACAGUAUGCCGUAUUAAGAGGACGCUAUACCCGCGAGACCUGUUGUCGCCGUCGCACAAACAUAUAUGUAAUAAUUAAUAAUGUAUGACAAGGCGAAUUCGGAUCGAGUAGAACAGAUUUUCUGUUGUUUGCGUCAAUGCGUUGGAGUGAAUCGAAUUAAAUUUUCAAACAUCAGCUCGAGCACGGAGAACAGUAUUCUUGCCUUUGAUGUUGAUAACAGAUCUGUUCGCAUUAAUAUCAAAGCUAGAACAAUACACGACUGGAGACAACAUAUUCGGGUGUGGCGUCCUCGUAACAAUUUUCCAAGCACACACAAACGCUCGCGUAUUGUACAAUACCUACGUUAUUACGAUGAUCUGCAAGACGACGACUAUGAUGAUGAUAAGACGCCUUGGCUUAUGCGUAGGUAUAUGAUUCGAAUUUUAAAUAUUUUUUUUUUUUUAAAACACGGGCUUUACAUUUAAUCUGUUUUACUUCCUGUAUAAUGAUCGAAGUAUAAUAAUUUAUGCUAAUAUUACUUUAUUAAGAAAAACAAACUUUGUGACACUGUCGCCUUUUUUGUGUACCUAGUGACUAACUACCUGUAGCUACCUACGCUCGUCAUAAAUUCUAUCCAGUCAACAUUCAACACCCACACACACACGAACAACGGUUUGUCGCGUAAAGUCGUUCAUUCCGCCACCAGACCAAACCCGCUACCCUAUUCUCCCUCUCGCCUCUACUCUAUUGAGUGUUUUGCCUACUGACUAUGCAUACCGUCCUUUCUGCGUAUAUAAACAGUGAUUAUAAUAAUAAGGCUUGUGCGCGAACCGAAUAAUGAACACGUCUAACACGUAUGAUAUAUACAAUUAUUAUUUGUACGCAAAGAAAUACAGUGUGCCGUGUGGUAUCUAGUCGAACUUAGUCCCGGUCACAUCAACAGUUUCUAUUCGUUCUGCGUACAUGCAAUUUUAAUCGAGCAAAGUCCGAGUGGUGUGUGCACUAAUAAAGCGGGGUUUGAAAUAAUAAUGCGUUGAGUAACAGCUGAAACCCGUUGACGGACUACUCCGCGUCAUUACAUAUUUAAUCGUUAUUAGGGUCUAUUCGAAAACAUAUACCGAACUACUAAUUACUAAAUUACUACAAACAAUCUUUUCAUACAUUAAUCGGGAAAAAUCAAUGAUUUCAUUUUCAUAUUUAAACUAAUGACCGAAACGCUAAUAGCAAUGAUUCUUGUUCAAAAUUAUAAAACAAAAACUAUUAAAAUGUAUUUAAACAACGCACACUCAUCAUAUCUCCAGCUCAAUAUUUUUCUGCCGUAUUAUUAUUUAAUACUGUUAUUUAACCUGUAGAUAAUAUAAACUAAUCAGUAUAGGUACCUACAACGUAUCGCAAUAUCCCAUUCCCUUCUCGUAGGAUUAUUUUGUGAAAAAAUGUGAAAACAAAAAUUCAAUUUAAAAAGUAACAAUAACAGAAUAGGUUAUUGGUUCAAAAAAAAAAUUCAAAUUUGUUGACUCAAACACAUCUUUUCAUAUUUUUCAGUAACAUAACUCAAAGUAUUAAAAAACAAUUUUAUUUCUGUCAGUUUCAGACUCUACGCCUCGACAAUGUAAUAGCAAUAUAAUAUCAGGACGAUUUGAUUUGUCUUUCCAUUCCACCAUUAAAAUCAGCCUUCGCACUCCUUAUUGCGAUAUAAGUCUUGUAGAUAGAUGCUCUUACCAUAGGUUAAAUUCUCAUUAACACAUCAUAUAUAUAUAUAUAAUAUAUAUUGAAAAGGUGUGGACAUAUUUUACUGUUGUUGUGUAACAUAUAAUAGAUAUAUAAGCAAAGGUAUAAGAUUCACAGAUUCGCAAUUAAAUAAGCAUGAUGAUAAACCAACUAAAUCCGCAUUAUAAUAAUACCAUAUGCAACAAUGUAAGAUGUAAAUAAUAAUAAUUUUCUGUUAAGUAUAAUUUAAAAAGCUAGUUUCUAAGUUACGGUGGGUUAUUUCAGAGGCGACCAGCGAAUGUUAAAUAUUAUACACCUAAUGACGGUACCUAAACGUCUGAGAUUAAUUUUCAAAGAACCUAAAUUUAUUAACGAUUAAGAAUUAUCUAGAUAAUACGUAAACUUUGGAAACUGUUUUUAUUAAUAUGUUACAUUUAAUCGUAGGUCUAUUGUUAUGUGGUUCUAAAUCGAUGUUUUUCAAAAAAGCACAUUAUUAAAAUUAAUUAAUAGAUACUUCUAAAGUUUUUUGUAGCUUAUGAUUGAUUUCUUUAAAUUUUAAAAAUGUUUUCAACUACAAUAUAUUAUU